AACUUUAAGCAGGAUGAUAAACCAGAUUUCUGCUCACUCAAUCAGCACAUACAGAAUUUACUGUAAAAAAGCCUCAAAACAGUCAGUGCUAGCAGAAACCAGAGAAACCAGGUUGCAGUGCAGCAAUGGUCAGCAUAUUAUUUGAACAUACAAAAAAACCUCCAGUCUGUAAUCUGGAUUCAUCACUCAAUAAUGCGCAAACAGCAGCAUAUUCAUAACAGCAGCUGCUCAAGGACAGUGAUGCUUUACGUCAACUCAGCCUUUGUGGUGAUGAAAAUCAGGCAACUGAAGUAGGGCGCACAAGUACAGAGACAAAUGUUCAAAGUUUCUGCUCUGCCAGAAUACCACCAAACUAGGUCAGUGGCCUCUUUAAGAUGUGACACUGUUGUAACAAAAAUCACUUUAGGGAAGCACGUGGAACAAAGUAGAUGGUGCGAGAAUGGCAGAAGCUUGCUAAAAACGUUAUUGGAUGGUGUCUGAUUAAGAAAAGGCAUAGAGGAUGUCAUUCUGGUGAGUUUUAUCUUCUUUGCUCUGUGGGCUUUGGUAAGAAAUGCCUAAAAAAUAACCAUAGUUAGAAAUAAUUAUGUUUUCAGGAUGACUUUUGAAAUCAGUUGCUCAGAAUUUUCAUACAUGAUUUAAUUAUGAGUCAAAGUUACAUAUUACAGCAGAAUGAUACUUUUGCUGUUUAAUCUGAUAGGGUGUAUGUGUUGGAGCUGCGAUGAUGCACUUCUGAAAAUGUUAUCAACAGGAAAAACUGUUUCAGAGAAAGGUGACAGGAUAAAGUGCUCUUCCUCUUCAUGUUGAGCAGAUGGCUGUCUCAUUCCUGGAAGCGGAUGGAUGAGCUGCUGAAUGGGUCCUCCAAUUUCAGAGACAUGAGCUGAAAUGAAUCUCUUGUUAGCCAGUUGCAGAUGCAUUAUUGUGCUCCUUUGUUUUUCCAUUAAAGGCUGCCCUCUGCUCCCUGCUGACUGUGUGGACAUCAUCCCUCUCGGCCAUCUGACCGCAGAGCCAGCCACGGUCUUCCUUAUGGGUUCAAACCUGACCGUGUACUGCCACAUCUUUGAAUGUGAAGAGUGGUCCAAAUUGUACCUUGAGCUGAAUAGACAGCAAGUAAAUCUGUCAAAAAGAGUCAACUGCACCACAACAAUAUUCUAUCUGCCCCAAGUAUGGAUGCCGCAGUCUGAGGUGGUUUGCAAGAUGAAGAGCAAUCAGCAGUAUGCUCCAAAAGUCGUCAGCGGCCUGGAUCUACGUGCUGGAUUUCCUCCUGAUAAGCCUACAGAUAUUAGCUGUGAAACAAUAAGGAGCUCUGCCUUGGUAAACUGCUCACUGAAGAGAGGGCGAGAAACAUAUCUCCCCACUUUCUACAACAUUUCAGUCCACAGAGAGAAUGAAAGUCUUUUAGAUCUAAUCCAGGAUGGUGGGGAAAUCAGCAUACCGCGAGAAAUCUUCAAUGAAAACACUAAAUAUACGUUGACCGCCACAGCUUACAACCACUUUGGAGCAUCUCGGUCGGACCCGUUCUACUUCUCUGUGGAGGAUAUAGCCACACCAGAGACCCCUCAUAUAGUUAGGGUGGAAUUUGUGAACUCCACAUCAGCCAUGCUGCACUGGAAAACCUCUGAGUCUUUGAUGCACCUCAGACCCCAAAUCAGGCUCCGCGCAAAUAACAAUACCUGGGAGCAGAGAGAGAGAGCUGAGCUCAGCAAGGGUCUGAUACAAGUGGAGAACCUGAGGCCUCUGACUGAAUAUGAGUUCCAAAUGAAAACUUGUGCCUUGCUUUCAGGGCAGACACAUACUAGCACCCCAAGCUUUAAAACCAGCCAAAGAUGUCUCUGCAGCCAAUGGAGCUCGUCUGUGAGGAAGACGAGUCCUGGAAAAGGUCCAUCUCAGCAGCUACAUGUGUGGAGAACUUUGACAGAAGAGACCAAACAUGGACUGAGGAAUGUUACUGUUUUCUGGCAGCCUCCACCUUUUGAGGAUUACAGCGGGGAGUUGCUCCUGUACAGCAUCCUCCUGGAUAAUGGCCACAAGGCGACCUGUGCUGCUGCUUCCAGCCAGUGUUCAGUUCAGGCACCAGUUGAGGUUCGAGUACUGAGCAUCAGUGCAGUUACCUCCUACGGGACGUCUCCACCAGCCUUUGUAGAUCUCAGACACGCAAGUGUUUCUGGACCUUUUUUGGGAAAGUUGGCUUCUACAGCAGAUGGCAGCUCUGUACGUGUCUCCUGGUCUUCAACAGCUGGGAAAGAUCUUCUGUACUUUGUAAUAGAAUGGAAAAGCCUGCCUGCUGGAGGGCUGCAGUGGAAAAAGGUGGUCAAGGAUCUAAAAGACUCCACAAUCACAGGUUUGAUGGCGGGUGUGAAGUACAACCUCUCUUUGUACGCUGUGACCACCAGGGGUGUCAGUGCUCCAGCAUCUAGACUGAUUUACUCCAGAGAACUCAAGCCACUUUCAGCCCCCAUGCUCCAUGUGCUGAACCGUGAGGUCACACGGAUCCUGGUUCGGUGGGAUGAGCUACCUCUACACCAACAAAGGGGCUUCAUCACAAAGUAUACUGUUUAUUUGCAGACAUUGGACUCCAGCAGCACAACGCUCAAUGUGACAGUGUCUGGAUCUGGCCAAAGACAGAUGUGGCUGGACUGUCCAGAAGGAGCUUUGUCCCUACAGCUGACAGCAUCAAACUCAGCAGGAGAAGGGCCUCGAGGAAGACAGAUCUUAUCUCAGACUGCAGCCCCGGAUGUGGGCCUGGUUGUUGUAAUUGUGUUCAUCAUCACCAUCUUCAAUGCGAUUGUAGCCAACCUGAUGUGCUGGAGCUGUGUGAGAAAACGGAUCAAACAGAAAUGCAUAGCAUGGGGACCUGAAUGGCCAAAGGUGCCAAAACCAGGACACAGUAAUGCCAUCAGACUGCUGGAGGAUGACAGAAGUGAGCCACUUUUCUCCUACAUCUACGAUGACCCUCCACUCUCCCCGAUCCUCGUGAUCUCCCGGGAGAUGACAGAUGAAGUGUAUCCUGCCAUCCAUGUCGAAGAGUCCCAGGUUAAAUCUGAACAGGCCACGAUGGAGGCCAUGGCAGAUACCAGAACCAUUCUGGUUGAACACGCUGACUACAAACCUCAGAUUGCUGCCUUGUUUCCCCUUGAAGAGAGGUUGAACUUGGAAGAGGAGAACCAAAUGGAUGUUCCAGAAAAAUCAGAGGAAGACAGGCUUUUCGUUGGAUUUGAAGGAUUACUGGAAGGCUUGUUGUGCCACAUGGAGGUGGGUUGCUCUGAUAUGUCUCAUCAGGUCACUCUUGGCUCUAUUGGGGAUCUUUUGCGGCCUAAAACAGCUAAAACAUUGGUCUUGAGAGGAGUCUGCUUACAAGAGAUAAGCAGCAAAGAGGAGGAUGUGGAGAACAAUGCUUCCACUCUGGACUUGCACCAGGACCAGAAAAAGACUAUUGAUUCAGAUGAAACUUGCUCUUUUCCAAUUUCAGCUAACACAAUUUUGAACAGUGGUUACUUCCCCCAGGUGGCUUCUCUCAGUGAUGGGACACUUGACACACUGAGGUAGCAGAGAUGUUGGAGGGACAAGAAAUGCACUAUUAAUUUUGAGAAAGCAUCAUGAAAGCACUGUUCUCAGAAGAAACGUUUUUGAUAGUUUGAAUAUACUGCACAUAUGGUUGGUGACUUUGUUUCAUUGGCAUUUUCACUGUGACAUCCAGUGUGUGAGAGGUUUUAUUGCUCUUACUCUUGGCUGGGAGUCCACUUUAUGAAUAGAUGUUCUGUCAAUCUACGCUUCACUGUCUGAAUAAAUGAACAAAUUCUUAAUUACA